UUUCACAUAUGACGCUAUACAAAAGUUAUUGGUUUCAGUCACAAAUAUUCUGCAACUCUCAACAUGUACCAAAACACCACUACUAUACUGAAACUGAAGUAAAGAUAGGUGAUAUUGGUAAAACCACCACCAUGGCCUGCAAUCAUUUUAGACUUGUAAAACCACCACCAUGGCCAAUGACAACAACAAGAACAUGUACAACCGCAUUGAGCAAACACGGCGAGAGGUUUUUCACAUCACUUGCCACCACCACUACUACUAAUGACCCAUCUAAAUUAAUUAAGAAAUUUAUUGCUUCCUCUUCAAAAUCAGUAGCUCUUGAUGCAAUUUCUCAUCUCGUUUCUCCCAACACCCCACCGCCGUUAUCUCGCCGUCUAUCUCCUCUUGCAUUCCCUCUAUAUAUUGAAAUCAGUAAAAUGCCAUGGUUCAGUUGGAAUGCUAAACUGAUAGCAGAUGUCAUUGCUUCACUCUACAAGGAUAAAAAAUUUGAUGAAGCGCAAACCUUACUUUCAGAAGUAGAAACAAUACUAGCAAGUAAGCAAAGAGAUCUUUGUAACUUCUAUUGCAACCUAAUGGAUUCACAUUCAAAACAUCAAUCAAAACAAGGGAUAUUUGACGCAUAUGGACGUAUCAAUCAACUUUCUUCACAUUCAUCGUCAAUUUACCUUAAGAAACGCUCUUACGAAUCAAUCAUCAGUAGUUUAUCUGUAAUUAAUAUGCCCCACGAAGCUGAGAAUUCUAUGGUAGAAAUGAAAAACCAGGGGAUUAGACCUUCUGUAUUUGAGUAUCGGUCAUUGAGUUAUGCAUAUGGAAGAUUAGGAUUGUUUGAAGAUAUGAAGAGAGUGAUAGGUUUAAUGGAGGAUGAUGGCUUUAAAUUAGAUGUGGUUUCCUCAAAUAUGGUGCUUUCUUCAUUAGGAUCUCACAAUGAGCUCAUUGAAAUGCUGGCAUGGCUUAAAAGAAUGAAAAACUUGAAAACCCCAUUUUCUAUCAGAACCUAUAAUUCGGUUUUGAAUCAUUGUCCUAAUCUCAUCUCAAUCUUAGAACCAAAAGGGAUCAAACCAACGUCUUUAGAAACAUUGUUUCAAAACUUGAACCAUGAUGAAUCUACUUUGAUUCAGGAGUUGAUUGAGCCAUCGAUUUUGGCAGAGUCAAUGGAGUUGACUUCUUCAGAACUUAAGCUUGACUUGCAUGGGAUGCAUGUGGGUACCGCAUACCUGGUUUUAUUACAAUGGUUUCAUGAUAUUCGAAUGAGGUACCUGACAAAGAGUUUCAAGUUUCCAGACAAUGUUACAGUUGUGUGUGGCUCAGGCAAACACAGUGCUGUGAGAGGUGAAUCCCCGGUGAAAGGAUUGGUCAAAGAGAUGACGACACAAAUGAAAAGCCCAUUGAAGAUUGAUCGAAAGAAUGUUGGAUGCUUUGUUGCCCAUGGAAAACUUUUUAUGAAUUGGUUAUGUGAAAUUUCUUAUACAUAAUACAAGCACCAAAUCUUUCUA